GGAUAAUUUAAAUUUAACCAGUAGUUUGUGAUUUCUCCGUCCAAUCUGUUUGUUUUCUUGAAUAUCCCAUUAAUUAUGCCAACUAAUCUUUAAUUUCUUGCUUCUUUUACAUAUUUUUGGUGUUUUCCUGUUCAAAUUUUGGAAAUUUGCUGCUAGGAAUCUUUAGGGAAGUCGCAAUUAUUCCACUUUCUUAGUUUUCUUUCAUUUGAAUAGUGGAGGAACCAAAAUCUAAUUCAUUUUAUGAAAAAUUACACGGGUUGUUAUCUCUGCUUUGUGAUUAUGGACGCUUUCACUCUUGAUGUAAUUUUUCUGUCUUGAUGAUUGAAUUUAUGAUUCGGUAACUUCCACAAGUACGACAAACAGACAAGGCUGCCCAUUAAUGUGAAAAGGGGAAGUGAUAAAAGGAAAAGGGCAAAUUUUAGGAAGGAGGGGGUGAAGACAGAUAUAUAUAUAGAGAGAGAGAUUAUCUUGAAACACAAUAAUAUGCCCAUCCAUGCCUUUUUCUUGUUCAGUUCUUGCUUUUCUUCAAGUUUUCUUUUUGUCUCCUUUGUGAAUAUCUUAUACUUUAUCAUUGUAAGUGGGCUUCAAUGAAUUCAUCUCUUCUGUUGAGUGUUAAUGGGCAAAUGAAUAAUGGCUGCAUUAAGCAGUGAAGAUAAGAUGGGGGAGACAGCUACUUCCGGUCGUGCUCUUCAAGUGUCAGUUUCAUUAGGUAGAUUUGAGAAUGAUUCAUUGUCUUGGGAGAAAUGGUCAUCUUUCUCGCAGAACAAGUACAUGGAGGAAGUUGAGAAGUGUGCCACACCUGGAUCUGUAGCUGAGAAAAAGGCUUACUUUGAAGCUCAUUACAAAAAGAUUGCUACCAGGAAAGCUGAGCAGCUGAGUCAGGAGAAGCAAGUGGAACAUGACUCACUAGGGUCAAAUGAUCAAAAUAGUGGAGAUCUCAUUGGAAAAGCUCAUGGUAUAGAUUCUGAAUUUGAUAGUCCCAUUAGCCAAACUUCUGCUGAAGGGACUGGGCAAGAAACCAAAUUGGAUAAUGAGUUGUGUUCUGGCCAAGUUGAUGCAGUUGAUGAAGAUGCUGCAAUCAGUAUAGAAGGUCAAGGCUCAUUGAUUGAAACAUUGGAAGAAGAUCUGGAUAGCAGACUAAAUGGUCCCACAUUGAAGAGGACAGAAGAAGCUUGUUUAGCUAAAGAAGAGAAAAAUUUGUACACAGAGUCUCAAGAAAUGAAGGACUCACCAAAGAACUUGGACAAAGAGAUAGAAAGUAUUGUUGCAAUUAAAGAGGAAAAUAUCAAGUUAGAUCAUCGAAAGGAAUCUGAAAAGACUUCUCCAUUGCAUAAGAUCAGAGACAUGACAAGGAUAAAGAAGAAAGUGGCAUCACCUGUAGCUAAAUCAGCCCAAGUUUCCACGCCGAAGGCCCCAGAGACAAUGCCAACUUCUAGCACAUUGUCCACGUUGCAGCCAUUCACGAAGAAAGUAACUGGUUCAUCCUUACCAGAGGGCGAUAAUCUGUCUGUGGGUGGAAGCAAGAAAGUGAUUUCUAAAUCCUUGCAUUCGUCUCUUAGUCUGGAUGCUCCAAAUUCUGAUCCCGCUACUCAUGCACCGCCUCCUAUUACAGCUACUCGAAGUUCAUUUAUUAUGGAGAAAAUGAAGGAUAAGGACAUUGUCAAACGAGUAUUUAAGACAUUCCAAAACAAUUUUAACCAGUUGAAGGCCUCAGCUGAAGAGAGAUCUUUGGCAGCAAAGCAGGUGACCACAAAGGGGACAGAAGCUAAGGUUUCCAAUUCUCUGACUCCUCAAAAAGAGAACGCAGGGUCUUUCAAAACGGCUAGUAUGGACAAAAAAACUGGUAAGGCGGCCCCAUCUUCUUUUGGCUUGAAAAGCGAUGAAAGGGCAGAGAAUAGGAAGGAGUUUUCUAAGGAACUGGAAGAGAAAUGGAAAGCAAAAGAUGCUAAGAGCACGUGCCUCCAAACAAAAUCAAAGCAGGAGAAAGAAGUGGAGAUAAGAAAGAUAAGACACAGCCUUAAUUUCAAAUCUACACCCAUGCCAGGUUUUUAUCGGGGACAAAAGGUGUCUAAAAGCCCUUCAGAUAAGGAGGGUUCCAGGACACUUGGGACAUAGAAGCAUUCACCAUCUACCAAGCGUACAAGAUAUUAUGAAAUGUCUGAAGCAAACAGCAGGUUAUGUGCUUUGGUCCACCACUUCUGCUUCAGAGGCGGCACUUAUGGGCAAGGACAAUAUUAAUCUAAGAAGUGUUAUUCUAGUUAGGAUAGUCUCACCAGGCAAACAUAAUAAUGCAACUCAUUAGUCACCAUCUGUAUAUUGUCCAGAUAGAGCAUGUUAAAUGUCUCAGGUUUCUUAGGCCUCUCUCACCUGAUGCAUAAAUUGCAGUAAUUUGUCCUCCAAAAAUAGGAAUCUAUGAACCUUGGAAUUUAUUGCAACCAUUUAUUUUCAACGGCAUUAAGGCUUAUUGGUUUCGUAAA